ACGUGGGUAGCCACGAAGGCGCCUGCGCCAAUUCUGCCUUUCCCUAGCCUAUCAACCAACAGGAUGUUAUUAGGUUUCCCAUAGUGCCUCGCGAGUGGAGGGGUUUGAUUGCACGCUCCGGAGGGUUGAAUACAGGUUCAGAUUGUCUUUGUUGGGGUUCUCCUGUAGGGCUUGGGUGCACUACGAGAUUGCGGCUUGGUUACUACCUGCUCCGGCGGGUGCAAUGCCACUUCUUCGGGGUGUGUGGGGCGUGCUGAGUGCCCUGGGAAAGUCGGGAGCGGAUCUCUGCGCGGACUGUGGGAGCCGACUGCGCUCCCCUUUCAGUUUUGUAUAUAUACCGAGAUGGUUUUCAUCCACCUUGAGAAGUUAUCCAAAGAAGCCUAUGACUUCAUAUGUUCGCUUUUCUAAAGAACAGCUACCCAUAUUUAAAGCUCAGAACCCAGGUGCAAGAAAUUCAGAACUGAUUAAAAAAAUCGCAGAGCUAUGGAGGGAACUUCCUGAUUCACAGAAAAAAGUAUAUGAAGACGCUUACAAGGCAGACUGGCAGGCAUACAAACAAGAGCUAAUCAGAAUUGAAGAAGAGCUAACUCCAAGUCAGAGGGUAACUUUAGAAAAAGAAAUGAUGCAAAAACGUUUAAAAAAGAAAUCGAUAAUAAAAAAGAGAGAGUUAACACUGCUUGGAAAACCGAAAAGACCUCGCUCAGCUUAUAACAUUUUUAUAUCUGAACGCUUCCAAGAAGCUAAGGAUGGUACCUCACAGUUAAGGCUGAAGGCUGUAAAUGAAAGCUGGAAAAAUCUUACUAGUUCUCAAAAGCAAGUAUAUAUUCAACUUGCCGAAGAUGAUAAAGUUCGUUAUUUUAAUGAAAUCAAAUCUUGGGAAGCACAAAUGGUUGAAGUUGGACGUGAAGAUCUUCUUCGUCGCAAAGUGAAGCCCCCAGCAAAAAGCACUGAGGAGUAUAAAUAGAAGACUGAGUUAUGGUCGUAAUGGAUAGACACAAGAAACCAAUUAGGUGUCCAUGUCUGAAAUUCUUAGAAAAUUAGAAGGAUAAAGUUGGUAAACAUUUUAUACUUAAUUCCUUUUUCUUUAUGCCAUGGACUUCUGCCAGUCCAAUACAUUUUGUAUUGGUAUCUUACUUUGGAAAACUCAAACAUACAAAAGUUCGUGUGAAGUUUAUUUUCUGUUUAGAAACUGCAAAGGAUCAAAAUAAUCCAUGAAGUGCAUCAGUAACCAUUUUACCUUUGAUAAAGGUGACUCAGACUGUGAAGGUUUUUUAUAAUACUUGAUGACUGUGGGAAGGAUAUUCUUGUCUCCUUAUAUUAUGGAGGCAGGGUUUCCUGUUCAGGAGUGUCCCAAAUUGUAGAGCCAUCGUGUUCUAUGAUGAAUAGUGCAUUUUUUAAAAGAGCACCCAGAACUCAUUUAGGUAAAUUCUAAUUCGUAGGUAUAAUUUACAUGCAGGGCUAAUGGUUGUACAGGCAAGGACUUGCUGGGUUCAGUUGCAAGUUUUUGUAUAAAAGUUGGAGAGAUUUGUAAACCUUUUCCUCAUUGUCUGUUUUUCUAAAGUAAAAACUAAGACAUUAUGUUCUAAACCUGUGCAUAUUUUAUAUUGCAUAGAAUUAAAUUUUUGUUUCCUAAUUACAUGUUAAAGGUGAAACAUUUGUUUUACAGCUUUUUUUUCUUUUUAAGUAGAGAUAUGUAUUCUGAAUUAUUUUUUCUCUCAUGUGACUAUUUAUCCAGAAAGUAGAGAACUUGUCUGAUAAAUUUUAAAAUGAGAAAUCCAAAAACAAGUCUCCAAAGUCUCUGGACUUGGAACUUAUUGUUCUGAAACAUUUUAUAGGACAUGAAAGACAUACAGGUGACAGCCAACUCUGGCCCCUGGGCCCAGUUCCUCCCACUGCCUGCUUUUUCAUGGCCUGUGAGCUCAGAAUUUUGUUUACAAUUUUAAAUGGUUAAAACAUAUUUUAAAACAUGAAAAUUAACAUGAAAGUCAAUGUUUAUAAAUAAAGUCCUAUUGGAAUACAGCCAUGCUCAUUCAUUUAUUUUUCAUUUAUGGCUGCUUUUGUGCACCAGGAACAGAGUAGAAUAAUUGCUCCAGAGACUAUGGAGCAAUUAUCUAAAAAUCUUCAAAAUCUAAAAUGUUUACUUUGUGACCCUUUAUAGCAAUAGUUUGCCAACCCAGGGCCUGCAGCAGAGUGUGGGUGACAAGCGUUCCAGUCCAUCGAUGUGUUGGGAUAGGUAUUCUGACGGACUCAGAGGUUCUUAUUUUAGAAUUUGUCAGCGUUGUUUUUAAGAGGAAAGAGGUCAAAUCACAAAAGCCACACCGUUGUCCCACAGUGUUAACACGCAAGAAAAAUAAUCUUGUUUCAAAUUAUGUUGUGUCAUAAUAAAAGAGUUCCAUCUGGUGUGGAAUGAGAAUCUCUUAAAUUAUCUGCUAUGCCUUCAUAAAAUGAACCUUAAGAGUUUUCCAGUUAGCACAUACCGCAAAAACCUUACCAUCUUUUAGCAUUUGUUUAUCCUCUUAAGAGAGUUAAGCAAAAGUUUUCAGAACUCACACCACCUUUUUGAUCAAAGUUAUUCAUCUUUCAUCAUCAGUUCAUAGUAAUAGGGUAACUCAAAAUUUAUAUGUACCCUGUGUUGCACAAACUAUUGAGGAAUUCUCAAUUCCAGAUCUCCAGAAAAAUUUGAAGAUUUUUGUUGUUUGUGGAUAGAAAAUAAGUGAAAAGUCAUGCCUUGUUCUAUACUGAAGUUGAUAAAGGUGUGGACUAUGGAUUAAAGAGAAAAGUGAAACUUAAUAGGAAGCUUAAAAUUGAAGUUGGGUGUUUUCAAACAAGUUUCUCCUGUGGUUAUGAAUAUGGGACAAAGUCUGCUGUUAGAUAGACCCCAUGAGGAGAGGGGCUGGGGGAGAAGAG